AUGGCUUCCAAGAAUCAGAACAAGCCUCCUUCGACGCCGUCCCAAAGCAAGUUUAGAAGGAUUGGAAAUACAAAAAUGGCACCUAAUGCUGGAACGAGGGCACAAGCCCGGCAAGCACUCGCCGUUGUAAAUGGGAGUCAAGAUCUGCCUCCGACUAGUGAGCCGCCGCCGCCCAGCAAUUCUGAUUCUGUCUGUGGCGGUGUCCUUGAAUUCACCAAAGAGGAUGUGGAAGCAUUGGUAAAUGAGAAGCUGAGAGUUAAGAACAGAUUUAACUACAAGGAAAAAGGUGCCCAAAUGACAGAUUACAUUAAAAGGCUAAAACAGUGCAUCAAGUGGUUUCAAGACCUUGAAGGAAAUUACGUUACAGAACAGGAGAAAUUCAAGUGUUUGUUGGAAUCAGCGGAAAAGAAGUGCAAUGAUAUUGAGUCGAUGAUGAAGGCCAAGGAGGACGAGCUGAAUACAAUUAUUAUGGAAUUGAGAAAAAAUCUGGAGGCACUGCAAGAAAGAUUCACAAAAGAGGAAGUGGAUAAAUUGGAAGCAUUGGACUCUUUGAGUAGAGAGAAAGAAUACAGACUAGCAGCUGAUAGAAUGCAGGUUUCCCUUUCUGAAGAGCUAAAGAGAUCUCAGCAAGAUAACGCUAGUACCAGCCAGAAGAUACAAUCGCUUAAUGACAUGUACAAGCGAUUGCAAGAGUACAACACUAGUCUGCAACAAUACAAUAGUAGACUUCAGUCAGAACUUCAUACGACAAAUGAGACACUCAAACGUGUUGAGCAAGAAAAGGCAGCUGUGGUCGAGAACCUAAGCGCUCUUAGGGGCCACUAUACUUCUUUGCAAGAUCAGCUUAAUUCAUCGCGUGCUUCACAAGAUGAGGCCAUCAAACAGAAGGAAUCAAUUGGAAACGAGGUUCAAUGUCUGAGAGGUGAUUUGCAGCAAGUAAGAGAUGAUCGUGAUCGGCAUUUGCAGCAGGUCCAGAUUUUAUCCGCUGAAGUUGCGAAAUACAAGGAAUGUACUGGAAAAUCCAUUGCCGCGUUGGACAGCUUGACUACUAAAACGAAUUCACUGGAGUCAACAUGCUUUUCUCAAAGUGAGCAAAUAAGGCAAUUGCAAGAGCAGCUUGCUUCUGCUGAUAGGAAAUUGCAGCUGUCUGAUGUGUCGGCAAUGGCCACGAGAACUGAAUUCGAGGAGCAAAGUGCAUUGAUUCUGGAAUUGAAAAAUCGGCUAGCUGAUGCUGAUCUAAAGAUCGUAGAAGGAGAGAAACUACGAAAGAAAUUGCACAACACUAUCCUGGAAUUAAAGGGGAAUAUUCGUGUAUUUUGUCGAGUUCGGCCUCUUUUGUCUGAUGAUGGAGUUGGACCUGAUGCUAAAGUUGUUUCGUUCCCCACGUCAAUGGAAGCGCUUGGCCGAGGAAUUGAUAUGUCACACAAUGGCCAAAAGCAUUCUUUCACUUUUGAUAAAGUGUUUAUGCCUGAGAACUCUCAAGAAGAUGUCUUCGUGGAGAUAUCACAGCUUGUGCAGAGUGCUCUUGAUGGGUAUAAGGUCUGUAUCUUUGCCUACGGACAAACGGGUUCCGGCAAGACAUACACAAUGAUGGGAAAGCCUAUGCCAUCUGAUCAGAAGGGUCUGAUCCCACGAUCCCUCGAGCAGGUAUUUGAGACGAAGCAAAUUCUAGAAGCCCAAGGGUGGAAGUACGAAAUGCAGGUAUCCAUGCUUGAAAUUUACAACGAAACUAUACGGGACCUGUUAGCACCAAACAAAUCAAUCUUUGAUGCGUCGCGUACAGAUAAUUCUGUUAGGCAAUAUGCCAUUAAGCAUGAUGCAAGUGGCAACACGCAUGUGUCUGAUCUUACAAUAAUGGAUGUCAGAUGUAGCAAGCAGGUUUCUUAUCUUUUGGAGAGGGCGGCACAGAGCAGGUCUGUCGGCAAAACUCAAAUGAAUGAACAAUCUUCGAGGAGCCAUUUUGUGUUCACUCUACGAAUAAUGGGUGUGAAUGAGAGCACUGAUCAACAGGUCCAAGGAGUGCUUAAUCUAAUUGACCUUGCUGGCAGUGAGCGUCUCUCCAAGAGUGGAUCAACUGGUGAUCGAUUGAAAGAAACUCAGGCAAUCAAUAAGAGUUUAUCAUCAUUAAGUGACGUCAUAUUCUCCCUAGCAAAGAAAGAGGAGCACGUGCCGUUUAGGAACUCCAAGCUGACAUAUCUUCUCCAGCCUUGCUUAGGUGGAGACUCAAAAACAUUGAUGUUCGUCAAUGUUUCACCCGAUCCUUCAUCCGUGGGCGAAUCACUUUGUUCACUGCGGUUUGCAUCGAGAGUGAAUGCUUGUGAAAUCGGAGUCCCGAGGCGUCAAACAAAUCUAAGAUCCUCGGAUUAUCGUUUGAGUAUAGGCUAA